GCAACAACACUGGCACACAUAAACUAUCUAAUCCGAAAGAUAGUAUUACUUCACGUCAUCCAUGCUGCGAGACGAUGACGACGCCAACUCUCCAGCGCUCGCAGCAGCAGCAGCAGCAGCACCGUUUUCUGCAUCUCCACAGGAGCGGCAGGUUGUAUGGAAGCAGCGGCCCUGCCAGGCGCCGCCGUCGCAGGCUCUCCCUCUCAGCGGCGCCCACCUUGACCCAAUGUCAACAGCACAGAGCGGCAAGUCCUUCCUUGGCCGCAUUCGGGUCGUCGUACGGUGCCGCCCCUUCCAUCGAGAGACAGAGGGCGACCACACGGAGAGCCUCGUGCACACACACGGCGACGAGGUGGUUGUGUGCGAACGAAACGACCCGAGCGCGGGCCGCUCCUACCGCUUUGAUCGCGUCUUGUCCCCCGAGGCAGACCAGGUGACGACGUUUGCGGAGGUGGCACCGCUCGUGGACCACGUGCUGGACGGGUUUCACGCAACGGUCUUUGCCUACGGUCAGACCGGCAGCGGCAAGACCUUCACCAUGGACGGUCUGCGGUACGUGGCGAGCAGCAGCGGCCGGUCGAGAGGAAACACCACAGUGAUGGUGCCUGACACGGGGGGGACGCCGGUGGAGCAGCACGGCAUUAUCCCACGGAUCAUACAACUUCUGUUCGAUCGCGCACGAGCCCGUCAACGCGCCAGCGGCGAAGAAGCAGAGGAUGCGCUCGCAGAUGCUGAAGCUGGGGCGGAUCGCAGUGCCGACGAUGGCGUUGAGUACUCCUUCCGCUGCAGCUACUAUCAGAUCUACAACGAGAUGAUUACCGACCUUCUGCGCACCACUGGCAGCUCGCCCAAUUUGAAUGGGAACGACGGUUCUGCCGACGAGUCAGGAAGCCGCAACGGAGGCGCCAGAGGAAAGCGGCGCUUCGAUUAUGGCGGAUUGCGUGUGCGGUGGCAAAAGGGAGAUGUAUUUAAGGUGGAGAACUUGUUUGUGUGCUCCUGCGCUUCGCCGGAGGAGAUGCGAGAGGUGCUUUUUACCGGCAUUCAGCAGAAGGUGGUGAGCAGUAAUAUGAUGAACUACCAGUCUUCUCGAUCUCAUUGCGUCUUUACCAUCUACGUGGAGUGUCGCGCACGCAGGAACGGAGAGCUGCGCAGCCACGCGGAGCUGUCGCUGGUGGACCUUGCCGGUUCGGAGAAAAUAGGACUACUGUCCAACAAUCCUUCCGCCAAGCUGGUGAAGGAGUCGAUCGACAUCAACACCUCCCUGCUCGCGUUAGGGAAGGUAAUCAUGGCACUUAGCAGCAACAGCGGAGGCGCCGGCACAAAGCCAAAAAGAAAAGCUGGCGGUGCCGCGUCGUUCGCUGCUAGCCGGUCACGUGGUCGCGGUUAUGCGACGACAGGCACCGGUGCGGUCCACGUUCCGUACCGUGACAGUAAGCUGACAAUGCUGCUGAAGCACGCCCUGGGUGGCAACUCACUCACCACGAUGAUCGCCUGCAUCAGCCCCUCCGACCGUUACGUGGAGGAGACGACGUCCACCUUGCUCUACGCGGGUCGGGCCAAAAACAUCCGCAACGCACCGCACGUGAAUGAAGACGCCACCACGACCCUUAUCCGACAGCUGCGGGAGGAGAUUGCGCAGCUGAAGGCGGAGCUGGGCUACUACCGGCAGCUGGCGGCAGAGUCAUUGGGGCAGCCGCAGGCAGCGCAAGCGCACCUGUGCAGUCGCUGCGGAGGGGAUCUGGCUACCGCGGAUUCGCCACCGUCCAACAAGGUGAGCAGAGAAAUGGUAGUGGCCACACGAGAAGCAAACCAGUUGGCGGACUCCUUAAUUGCCGCGUGCGACAUGUUGAAGAAUAUGAUGCACGUGAAUGCCGAGUUGCGGGACGCGUACGAUGCGGUGCGCGACGCGCAAGACGACGCGGAACGGCGCGAGGCGGACCUCAACGCCGAGAACCUCGCACUGCGGGAACGAUUGGCGGUGUUGGAGUCGAUCGUGCUGCAGGACAACGACGAGGAGGACGACAACGGCGACGAUGCAAUGAUGGAAGAGGAGGACGGGGGAGGAGCGCUGAACGACUCCUCGACGGGACCCACAACACGAGAAGGACUCGCAGCAGCGAGGCGGGCGGCGAAAGCGGCGGCGUCGCUGCGGGCCAACGGCGGCGGCCGUGGCAGUUCUCCAGGUGAGAAGUCGUCCACUGCUCCACCUUCGUCCUCUCCUACGGCUCCGCCUGCGCCAUCCCUUUCCUUGUCCACGUCGUCGCCCACCUCGCAUUCUCCUGCAAAGCGUGCAGCCGCUUUGGGUUCCCCUCCGCGACCUUCCGUGAAGACCGUCAAACUACGUCCGGUAGGCUCCUCCACGUCCAAAGAGGUGCUGCCGCAUGUGGUUUUGGAUGGCGACACGACGCGUACCCCUGCGUUUGGGCCGGUGACACCGGUCUCGCCCACCGGGGAGGCACGCAGGCCAACUCGAGCGGCGUCGUCCACGCAUGCGGGAAAGCACGAUGUAAACCAGGAGAGGCCAAUAGGGCACCGACCGAGAAGGAAAUCCCUCAAGAAGAAGAAGCAUCGCGUCUUGGCCCAACGCCUCAAGGAGUACGAGCAGCACUACCGCACCGUACAGAAGACGGCGACCUACGAGGACUACUACCUGCAGCCCCGCAGAACAGGCGGUGCCACUGAGAGGGCGGUGCCCGGCGUGCUACCCAUUCGCGCCUCCGGACCGGAGGUUGUCAAGGCCGCCGCCACCCUCGAGGAUAUGAAGGCGACGGUGGCGAAGCUGCCAAAGAAUGUCGUGCCUGAGUACGUGCCGUCCUCUCUGCUGCACCCGGGCCUGUUCGGCUCUUUAGCCUUUGGUGGCCAACAAGAGGAGAAGACGGAGUUUGAGCAGCACCGCAACGACCGCGCGAUGCGUCUGCGUGCGUUGCAGCAGCGUCAGCAAGCGCUAUAUCAGCAGGUCCAUCAAGCCGUGCGGGAUGUCCACUCGGGGAAUGAAUCCCAACGGGAGGAGGUGCCGUCUUUGCUGCCGCCAUCACAGAUGCCUGAACGCUGCAGUGGAAGCGCAUGCGUCGACAGGCGGGGCAGUACGGACGAGCGCGGUAGUCGACGGUCUUCGUCGGAGCAGGUGGCACUGCCCAACUCUGCCACGGCGCGUGCGCCCACCGCCGUGUAUAACACCGCAAAUGGAGGUAAAAGGAGCGGCGGCGGCGGCUCAAGGACCUCCACCGACAACAUGACGAAACUAAUGGUGUACCUCCACAAGGAGGAGCUUUAG